AUGCUUUCAGAUUAUGAAUUGUAAUAAUAGGCUUUGAAAUAAAAAUUAGCCAGAUAAUAAGCAUAAGAGUAAAUAAAUGCUUUGGAAUCCAAACUCUAAUGUAUUUUAUAAAUAAAUUUUAGAAAUCAUAUAAAUUUAAAAAGAAAUUGAAGAACAAGAUUGUAAUUGAUUAUUUAUGAUUUAGUUUAAUAUUAAAUUAAGUGCGAUGAUUUAUAAAAGAAACGAGAAUAACAAAUGCUAGAAAUUAAGAAAUUAAGAGCUUCUCAAGAAGAUGAUUUAUAAAGGUAGGUAAAAUUUAAUAACUUAAAUUAGAACAAGAAAUAUGUAUAUGGAAAUGUGGAAAAUGGCUGAGUAGUUUUAAAGGAAGCAAUAAUAAUUUAUACAUUAAUAAAAAUUAGAUAAAGAUUAAUUGAAAUCUUUUUAAGUAACUUAAACUUCAAAAUAAUCACAUUAUGAAAUGAAUAAAGAAAUGGUAGUACCUCAUAAUCCUUUUGUCUUAUUAUCCUAAGCACAAGGAUUUUUGGAUUCUUAAUAUGAUUUAUUUUAUCAAACCAAUUAUACUAAAUUAUAAGAAAUAGUGGAAAAAGAGAGUUUAUAUCCAACAAGUUAAAUCUAAAUAACUUUUGUGAGUUUUAAACCAGAUAUGCCAACAUUAGAAUAAUAUGAGAAAAGAAAAUUUGAAGGAACAAUUAAUUAAAUACCAUUAUCAAUGUAAUUGUUAAUUGAUUUUUAUGAUUUUCCAACAUAUAAAUCAAAUACUCUUAUUUAUGAAGAAUGCCCAACUAUAGAAUAAAUUAGAGUAAAUUAUAAAUUUAAUAAAAUUAGAGAUAAGUUGGUUAUGAUUAAGAACUAAAAUUGGCAUAUGAAGAUUAUUUUACUAAUAAAUCUUUUGGAAAAAAAGCAUGUUUUGUAUUUGAAGUAGAGAAUGAUAUAAAAUUUAUCUAUUAUCUAUUAUUCAAAAAUGCAUAUAUAAGAGUAAUAGAUGCAAUAACAGGGGAAAAUUAUGGAUAUUGUUAAAUACCACUAAAUUCAUUAAUUAGAGAGGAUAAAAGUGAUGUAUUUUCAAUAUAAGAAGUCUAAUUAUUAAGUUAUGAUUGGACAAUAACUUUUGGAAUAUUUACAAUAACAAUAUAAAAUAUUGGAAUAAAAUAAGGAUCUAAUUUUGCAACUCUAACUAAUUUUAAUUUUGAUUAAAAUGCAUUCAGUUAGACUUUGAAUAUAUAAUCAUUAUUAUCAGCAACAUAGAAUGUUUAAUUUAAUUAAGUAAUGGAUAACAAAUCAAAAAUUUAAAAUUAAUAUGUAAAUUUAUCAAAAAUAACAUCUGAUUCAGCUGUAAGAAGUGAAGACAGAUUAAAAAUAAGAAUAUCAUAACUGAAGCCUUAAUCCUAAAUUUCAUAAGCAAGAAAGAAAUUAGUUUCAGAAAAACCAAAAGAUCUUACUCAAUAUGGACAUCAAGCAGUUGUUAAUAUGAAAAUUAAUGAUGUAGAUGAACGAACACGUGUAAAUGAAAGAAUUAAAUCUAAAAGAUCAGAUAUGCUUACUUUUCUAAGUACAAAGGAUGAGUUCCUGAAAUUAUAAGCGGUAGAAUUAAGUAGGAAAUGGGAUCGUUAUUAGAUUUUAAGUUCAGUGUUACCAUCUCAUAUGAUUCCAAAUGAUUUAUAUUUACCAGUAGGAGAAAAGUGUAUAUAAUUUAUUGAGUAUCAAAAUGAAAGUGAGGAAGAUAAAAUUAUCACUGUUGAAAUAGCACCACCUAUUAUCACAUAUUUAGUAGGUGGAGAUGAACUGGAAUCUAUAUAUGAAACCAAAGGAAUCCCAUUUCAUUCAAGAGUUGAAGUUGAGUAGGAUUCAUUCAAAUGUCAUGCAUAACAAAAAUGUAUUAUUGCUAUUAUAUUCUAUACAUUAAUUGAAUUUACUACUGAAAUAGAAAUUGCAGUCUAUUUAAAAUUAAGAUAAUAACCAAUUUGUGGUUCAUUAUAUAGAGUUAUACCAAAAUCUUAAGUUAUUGAUAUGAAUUUUGAUUUUUAUAGGUAACCAAAUGCUUAAAUACAAUUAUUUUUACCACAAAUAUUUUGUUUUUGUGAAAUUAAAUAUAGAGCAACUCCAAUAAUUAUUUGUAAUAGAGAAGAGGUUACAUUUGCUAUUAAUUCUGAUGAUAUGAGAAUCAAAUUAGAAUUAAAAACAAGUGAUGUAGGUAAAUAAAUAAUACUUUUGUUAUUUUUUUACAGAGAUAAAUUCUGUCAUUAUUUAUUAUUAUCAGUAUGUGUAAAAAUAACUAGUCUUAAUUUAAUUAAAUUAUCAACUAUAAUUGGUUAAGCAACAUUAUGUUAAACUGAAUUUUAAUCUGAUAAAAAAAGACAAAUCUAUAUUCAUAGUUUAAAUUAAGAUAAGAUUUGGUUUGAGUCUCCAUAUAAUAAACCUGUAUGGAUUGAAUAGAAUCAAAUUACAAUUAUUCCUUUUAAAGUAUUUUAGAUGACUUCAAAUUCUCAUAUUGUAAAAGUUAAUGUAGUAGAUUCAACAACAAAUGAAUUAGUUUAUUCUUGGUUAUUUCAAAUUAGCUCAAAUAUGCCUCUUAUUAAAAGAGUGUUUACAUUCGAUUGUUAUUUUAGAGAACCUCAUCCAUUUAAGAUCUCCUAUACAAAUUCAACAGGAAAAGUUCUUAAUUUAAAUAUAGUCUCUUCCUCAUAUUUAUUUAAGGUUUUUCAAUCUCAAGUUAAAAUUCCUAUAGCUGGAAAAAUUGAAAUAGAAGUUGCUUUUAUGAAAGCUGAAGAAUAUCCUAGAUAAGAUUUUAAUGUGAUUGAAAAACAAAGGGAAGUUCAACUUUUUAUUUACGAAAUUAAAAAUAACAUUUUUGAAUGCUACUUAUUUUAAUUCAAUUUAUAUGACAAAGAAAAUGAUUUUGAUCAACUUUCCCUUCCACCUACUGAUCAAUUACGAACAAGACCUUUUUCAAUUUAACCUAAAAAAUGA